AUGUGCCAAUACACAACUGCUGCAGCGCCGCGACAGCUGCCUUUUCCUCAUCUCUAUCAAUUGACUGGUGAUAUGAGCUGGGAUAUUGUCCUUUACAACAAAACCUACACGGCGGAGAAACUGCCCAGUUGUGGUGCAGAGGCAGCAUCUUGCGUUUGCCAGCUCAGUGUGGCACUUCAUCGCACAAUGAAGGAGACCAUCGCGCCGGGGUCUUUGUUCGGAAGCAGCUCAGGCGACUUGACGGCUCAACACGGUGCUUCCACCAGCACACAGGACAGCUGCAUCUUGAACAAUAUUGUCAACAGAUUCGAAUUGCAGGUGACAUCCUGGAGGGCUCAACAUGAUGACCAAAGAACCCAGUUCAGCUACACAGACAUUCCCUGUGAUUAUUGGUCAAAUCCAUACGUUUAUAAAGUCGAGGAAAAAGAGCUUUGCAUCAUCAAGUACCAGCGGCAAAGCGACUCAGACGGCAUAUUCGUGGAGGGCACCGUCAAAUGGAUCAAUCAAGAUUGGUCUGUGAGGUCAGAAGACAAGUUUCAGGUACGGCCGAGUCUGCUGACGUCCGUAGUAGUACCUGAAACAGCAGAGACGGUGCCGAUGGACAUUGAUGAGUGGACGCCAUACUCGUACACAUAG